CGCGUCUAAACUAGCCCGUUUAGAACUCCUCUCAACGGGGGUAAAACGGUCCACGCGUGAACUCCUGUGCGUUCGCGGUUCAACUUUCAAUUUGUUCGACCGACCUUGGCACUUGGUUGGGUGAUUUGGUAACCACAAGCCAGAUCUUCUUGAGGAUACAUUCCUACUCGUCGAUCGCUGCGAGCCAUCACCACUGCCAGACCACUGUAUACCUUGGCGGCUGCGAUCUCCCGGAAGGCCUUUCAUAAUAUUUUAGAGCAGCCGAACUACCAAAGAACGAACCCUAGAUCUGCGAAUCGCAAGGUGCUACAGCUGCACUCCCAAGACACUGGCGGUUCUCCAGUCUCUUUCUUGUUCCUCAUCCGCUAUCGGCACACCACGGCUAGAAGAAUCGGGAGAUUCGGUCUGCUCGAUCGGCUCGUUAAUGCUACACAGACUCGCAAAACGUUUUGCUUUACCCCUAUAAGACACGAUGUCUGGCACUUCCACAAAGGAUGGCAGAACCAACGCUCUUGACCAGCUCAGGCUCAGGCGGCAAGAAAAGGCUGAGAAAGCAGCAAAGAUUCCUAAACCCGACCCGGAUGACGAGAUGCCCAGCUCUCCCCCUCCGGCUGUCGUUCUCGCUCCCGCUUCCUCUCCCGCUCUAGGUCGUACCUACAAGACAGAAACCAGCCCGAGAGGUGUGGGGUCCAAGUUCUUCAAUGGACAGCAAGACUCUCAGCAACGUCAUCCGGGAAAGAGCUACAACGAAGCUAUCCUCGGGGACGACCACAUCGGCUCGCUGAACCGGAAGGCUGCGAAACCCAGAGACAGAGACUCGCUCAGCACUCUGAUCGCCAAUGCUGCUGCACGAACUUCGAGUAGCAGUACGGCAACUUCGGAAGCCCCAUCUUCGAUGUCUAGCUCAGUGAUCGAUCGGGAUGAGAACGGCCAAGCUGUCAAGAAGCGAGCCAUGACGUCUCGGGAAGGAUCCAGCUUUAGCGUAGGCCGCGAAAUGGCGCAGCUCGAUGUGAACACUCGACCCGGCACCCCGGACACUCCUAGCGGACUUUCACGGACUUCCAGUUUAGACAUGGGCACUCCAGGAAAGACCAAGAUGUCUAGCCUUCCAGAGACUCCGCUAGGUCCCGGCGGCCUUAGCCGCUUCAAGCAUCGUGCAAUUCCAGGAAGCCCCAGCCCCAGUCCGAAAUCUUCCCAAACGCAAUCGAGUAACCCGUCAUUGGGUUUGGUGAACUCGUACCGAGUCCUUUGGCCCGAGCUCUCGGACUCACAAAUCGAGCAGGCCAUGAUUCAGCACGGUGAUGGUGAUAGGAAGAGUUUCCUGAAAAGGCUCGACGCUAUGAGGGAUCGGAGACCCUAUGUUCCUGCUAAACCCAAGGCAUUGGGUCCUGGCGGUAGCCCGAACGCAGCCAGGGCUCAGCCACCUUCAUCACCUAUCUCUACGUUGAAUGACGGGAAAGUCCCAAAAUACCUACCAAAGCCGGAUCAGCAAGUCGCAGCAGCUGCUGCUUCACGAGCAGAUAUGAAACAGAAAUCGGCCAUUUACGCAAACAGGCGUGGAGAUGGUGCCAACGGACGUAACUCGUCAACAGUCAAACCCGUAGAGACUGGGGCCAAGCGAAGAAGAGGGGAUGAUUCAGGGUCCGACGCUGACUGGUCCGAUGGUAGCGAUGUCGCUGGGGGCUCGCGAGGGAAGAGGUCUUACGGUGUUGAUGUGGAAGACAUGAACGAGACGAACGCGCUCAAUGUCUUCAACACAUGCGAGCCGGCGGAGUUGACUGGAUCGAUCGUAUGCUCGGAAGAGCAAGCCAAGAUCAUCAUAUCACUUCGACCCUUUGAGUCGGUCCAGGACCUGCGCACACGGCUACAAAAGAAGCGUGGCGUCUCUGUGGGCCUGUUCGAGCAGUAUAUGGAGGUUAUGCAAGGAUACAUCCAAGUCGACCGAUGUCUGAACAAGUGCGAGAAUAUCGGGAAGGAGGUCCUCGAUAUCAUGCGAUUGUGGGGCGGUGGUCGAAGAGGCGCCGAAUCGGGUCGCAGCAGGACGUCGACACCGGAGGGCGGAUCUCAGGCUCUGGGUAUUUCAUCACAAGAUACCGGGAUGCAUAUUGCCACUGUAGACGUUGCCGCGCUUCGCGAGAUGGCCGAAACCGAAAUAGAUACGAAAAAGCGAAGAAUAUUGAAGUCGUACAAGGCUGAGCCGCCUGCCGGACUGGCGGAUGGCGUCAAGCUGAAGGAUUACCAGAUCGUCGGCGUCAACUGGCUCAACAUGAUGUACGAGCGGGAGCUCAGUUGCAUUUUGGCGGAUGAGAUGGGUCUCGGAAAGACUUUCCAGGUCAUCGCUUUCCUUGCCGGCUUGAAGAGCAAAGGCAAACGCCAUUCGCACUUGAUUGUGGUUCCAUCAUCUACGUUGGAGAAUUGGGUUCGAGAAUUCCAACGCUUUGCACCAGAUAUCGAUGUACAGACGUAUUACGGCUCUCAAAAGGAGAGGGAAGAGCAGCGAUAUCACUUGAAGACGCAGCAUCGUAACGGCGAGCUGGAGGUACUCAUCACGACGUAUGAUCUCGCCUUCCGGCAGGACGACCAGAAGUUCCUGAAGAAAAAGCUCGAGUUCGAGACCUGCAUCUACGAUGAAGGGCACACUCUCAAGAACUACAACAGCUUACGUUAUAACAAGUUGAUUGAGAUCCGACCUCGGUGGCGUUUACUCUUGACAGGAACGCCAUUACAGAAUAACCUUCAAGAGCUGGUCUCCUUGCUGAAAUUCAUCCACGAAGACAUCUUUGAUGAUGCCGAAGCAUCGCUCAGGCAAAUCUUCAAGGUCCACGCAAAGGGCGCCAACAACCUGCUGUCCUCUCAGCGUGUAUCAAGAGCGAGGACUAUGAUGACCCCCUUUGUAUUGCGGCGGAGAAAGGCCCAGGUCCUGAAAGACUUGCCCAACAAAUUGGAAAGCAAGGUAUCCUGUCCCAUGGAAACGGCUCAGGAAGCCCUUUACAACGACAUCGUGCAGCGUUCACGGGACAUCUUGGUUACCCAGACUGAGGAGGAGCUCGAACAGGCCGCACUGGAUGAUGACGACGAGGAUGGCAAGCAAAAGGCCAAGAGCAAGGCCAAGAAGAACCAAGCCAAGCAGAAGGCGAGCGCGUCGUCCAACAUCCUGAUGGAUCUGCGUAAGGCGGCCCUCCACCCUUUGCUCUUCCGGAGAAUCUACGAUGACAAGGUCAUCCGCAAGAUGGCUCGAGACUGUAUGAAGGAGGAAGAAUUCAUGACGUCCGAGUAUGACCUGAUCGUUGAGGAUAUGGAGUUCAUGACCGAUAGCGAGUUAUACGACUUUGCCAUCCGCUACGACAGCGUGAACAAAUACGCAGCACUUUGCGAGGACGCGUUCUUCCAAUCGGCAAAAACGGCCAUGUUGAUAGAAAAGCUGGAACAAUGCAAGAAGGAGGGCCGAAGAAUGCUGCUCUUCAGUCAAUUUACUCAAGUCCUGAAUAUCUUGCAAGUGGUCCUCGCCAAGCUGAACACACGGUACAUGCGACUGGACGGUAGUACCAAGGUCGACGAGCGUCAAGGUAUGGUGGACGAAUUCACGGAAGACGAGGGUAUCCAGGUCUUCCUGCUAUCAACGCGGGCCGGUGGGAUGGGGAUCAACCUGGUGGCCGCGUCCAUGGUGGUCAUCUUUGAUCAAGACUUUAAUCCUCAUAAUGACAAGCAAGCGAUGGAUCGCGCUUACCGAAUUGGCCAAACACGGGACGUCCUGGUCUAUAAGUUCAUCACAGUCAACACGAUCGAGGAAGAUAUAUAUAAGCUCGGAGAGACCAAACUCCAACUCGACAAUGCCGUCGGUGGCAUCGGCGGAGCAUUGGAUGCCGAUGGCAAGCCCGAUCAACAGGCUGCGAACGAUACCAAGAAGAGCUUGAUGAAGACGAUCCGACAGCGCGUUGUAGGCGCCUCAGGACAAGGAAACGAGAAGACAGGAGAGAGUGCCAGAGCAGAGGAUGUCUCCAUGACCGAGUUGUAGACACAGGCCGAUCGAAGAGAUGCUUGUAGCGAUAGCGAAUGAAUCAGAUAUAUAGCAUUGCAUUUUCACAUGGG